AUGGUGCUUCAUGUGCGUGUUGUCCUAGACUUGUGUGAACAGCUUGAACAGGAGAUAAGUUUUGAACAGGUUGAAGGGGACUUUGACUCAUUUAGAGGAGGGAGGAGAAUUGGGUUUUGCAAGUGUUUGAGAGUUGAUGGUGGACAAGAUGCAGAGAUUAUGAGGGAGGAGAGUGGGUAUGGCUGGGUUUUGCAAGGAAGACAACGCUCACUGGCUGCAAUUGGAGAAGAGGAGAAGACUCUCACGGAGAAGAAGACGCUCGCUAGGUUUAGCAAGGAAGACGACGCUCGCUGGCUGUUGGUUGACAUGUUUCAGCAAAUUAGAGAGGGGACAUGGAGGGGACACCAAUUUGAGGAAAGCGGAUCCGCUCCCAUUAAUUAA